AUGGGCGCCUGUGUGUCAAAGGGGUCCGAGGCGCCCCAGGCUGCUGCACCAGCUCCCUCUCAGACCGAGCGGCUGGGCCUGCUCCGGGCGCUGGGGGUGCUGGACAGCGAGCAGGGCCCAGACCAGUUCGACGCCAUCACACGCCUGCUGUGCGGCGUGUUCAACGUGCCGAUCGCGCUGGUGUCGCUGGUGGACGCAGAGCGGCAGUGGUUCAAAUCGGUGCAAGGCCUGGGGUCCUGCAUGCAGACAGGGAGGGAGGAGUCGUUUUGUGCCUGGACCCUCGUCCCCGACAGCCCCUAUGUGCUGAUAGUGGAGGACGCUCUGGAGGACAAGCGCUUCAGGGAGAACCCGCUGGUGGUGGGGGAGCCGCGCAUCCGCUUCUACGCGGGCGCCCCCCUCAUCUCCUCGGCCAACGGAUACCGCUACGGCACGCUCUGCGUGAUUGACACCAAGCCGCACCGCGAGUUUGCUGCGGAGCAGUACAACAUGCUCAUCCAGUUUGCGGAGCUGUGCCUAACCAUGCUUCAGAAGCUGGUGCAGCAGUCGUCCACGCUCAGCGACGGCAACCUCACCCCACUGGGCUCGCUGCGAAGCAGCGCCGAGCCCUCUGUGGGCCCGCCCUCCUCCCAGGCGGCGGCAGCAGAGCGGCCGGAGGCGCACCACGGCCUCACCCGCGCGGCAGACUGCUUCAGGGAGGGCGUGGUACUGGUGGAUGCCGGCACCCCCGCCUGGUCGGUCCUGUACACAAACGACGCCUUUACGACCGCCUGCGGGGUGUCUCGCGGCGAGGCGGUGGCGCGGGGUUUCUGGGAAAUGUUUGGGGCGCCGGGGCUGGGCCCCGCUGCAUUCCAGGAGACGGUUGAGGCCGGGGAGGCCUUCACUGCCACCGUGGGCCUGCAGGCCGCACACAGCCGCCUGGCGGUGGUGGACUUCAGGCCGGCAGCUACGGGGCAGCUGGGGGGCCAGUCGCAGCUGAUCGGUAUCCCAUCCAGCGUGGAUUCCACUACCGUGGGGCAGCAGCCGGCUGCGACGGUGCCAACUGCUGCCGGGCCAAAGUACUAUUUCGGGAUACUGCGCGCCGACGGCCGCAGGCCCGCCGCCGCUCCCUCGCUGCCGCCGGGCCCUUUCGCCGCCGCCGCCGCCGCCGCCGGUGGCGGCGCGGGUGGCUCCUCGCCUCCCUCCGGCUCCGCCUCGCCCGCGCCGCUCUCCAUCUCGCGCGCCGCGUCGGCUGCGGCGGCCGAGGUGGCGGCGCACGCGGCGGUGUCGCAGUACAACGCCGGCGGUACCGGCCGUGCCAGCCUGGACAGCGACCGCAGCUUCUCGGGGGUGCCCACCUUCAAGCGAGCCAUGCCCUCGGCCUUCACAGACGUGCGGCUGGGGCCGCUCAUCGGGCGCGGCGCAUACGGCAGGGUGUACCGCGGCAGCUGGAACGGUACCACGGUGGCCGUCAAGGUCAUCGAGACCACCGAUGUGCUGGACGAAGACCUGGGCCUGGCGGCAGGCAAGAGCGGCAUCUUUGAGGCCGUGCUGUCGUCCAACCUGUCGCACCCCAACAUCGUCCACACCUACCAGUAUGCCUUCCGCCCAGUCACGGCGGAGGAGCGAGAGGAACGGGUGUCGGCAGGCUCCUUCAUGAGCGCCUGCGAGGCGGACAGCAGGGGGGCGCCCGCCCUGGCGGCGACCGAGGUGUGGCUGGUGAGCGAGUUUUGCAACCGGGGGCCGCUGCUGACGGCCAUCGAGCGGGGCGCCUUCCUCACCCAGCCCUCCUCGCAGUACGGCCAGCCCAACCUCAUCUCGGUGCUGCAGACCCUGCAAGAGGUGGCGGCCGCCCUGCAGUACCUGCACCGCAGCGACGUGCUGCACGGCGACCUGACGGGCGGCAACGUGCUGCUGACGGCCUCGGACAAGGACACGCGCGGCUUCACCGCCAAGGUGGUGGACUUUGGGCUGAGCCGCGUGUGCAGCGGCGACUACCUGCGCACCCGCACCCUGGGCUGCGCCGAGUACAUGUGA